AAAAAACCAAAGCAAAAAAACAGAAAAACAGAAAAACAGAAAAAAAAAAAAAAAGCAAAAAAACAAAGAACAAAAAAAAACCAGGACUUCCGACCCAACACGAUGCCUUCCUUCAAGGACUUUGUCCACACGCAAUUCCUGCUCAAGAUCCCUGAGCCCACCACGUCCUUCGAGUCCAAGACCGUCAUCGUGACCGGCGCGAACGGAGGCCUCGGCCAGGAGAUCAUCAAGCACAUUGUCCGCCUUGGUGCCGGCAGGAUCAUCUGCGCCUGCCGCAGCCUGUCGCGCGGCGCCGAGGCCAAGAAGGCCAUCGAGGCCGUGACCAGCUGCAAGCCCGACCUUAUCGAAGUGUGGGAGCUCGACCUCGAAUCACCCCCCUCCAUCAAGAGCUUCGUCGAGCGCGCCAAUGGCCUGCCGCGCCUAGACACCGUCAUCCACCUCGCUGGCAUCCGCGCAUUUGAUUUCGGGGUUAUCUACGACACCGAGCGCACCCUGGCCGUCAACAACAUCGGCACCUUCCUCGUGGGGCUGCCGCUGAUCCCUAAGCUGAAGGAGACGGCCCGCACCUACAACACCACUCCCGUCAUGACCAUCGUCGGGUCCGCGCUGUACGACAUCGCCAAGUACCCCAAAGACCCGGGCGAGGACAUAUUCACCUACUUCACCGACAAGACCAAGGUGAACCCAUGGAACCAAUACAACCUGUCCAAGCUGAUACAGCUCUACACGCUGAUCAAACUGGCGACGCUGGUGGACCCGCUCGACGGCGCCGAGCCGCACCCCAUCGUGGUCAACUCGGUCGACCCGUGCUUCUGCGAGACGGGGCUCUCGCGCGAGGUGACAGGGCUGACGCGCGUCGUCACCAAGACGUUCGCCGCCAUCGCCGCCCGGCCCGCCGACGACGGCGCCCGCCAGAUCGUGCACGCCGCCUCCACCGGCCGCGAGACCCACGGCCUGUACAUGCGCGCCGGCGCCAUCCAGGCCUACAAGCCCAUCGCCUCCGACCCCGCCAAGACCGAGUACCUGUGGGAGGUCUUGUCCAAGCGGCUCGUCAAGCUGGACCCGACUAUCCUGGAGAACCUAAAGUGACGGGAUCAUGAACGGGGAUCAUGGACGGGUAGAUGGAUAGAUGGAUGUUCUCGCUAGAUACCAACACACCAGUCUUUUCUCUUUCUCUUUCUUUUGUCACGGAGGCUGCUAAAGGGACAGCACUUGUUUUAGUAGCUCAGGGUUCAGCUAAUAACCAGGAAAGGGAUCAGCAAACAGCUGCGGAGGGGAUAAUUAGUUUUAGCCAAACCAGGCAAUUCGGAUUUUGUCACUUAAAACAAGGGGACAGCACUUGUUUUAGUAGCUCAGGGUUCAGAUAAUAACCAGGAAAGGGAUCAGCAAACAGCUGCGGAGGGGAUAAUUAGUUUU